GCAGGCGCAAAAAGGACGCAGCUGGGGCUCAGCCUGGAGUCCGGCCUGCGAGUGUCCGAGCCGCCGCGGCGGGAGAGGAGUGGCCGGAACUGCUUGAAUAUCCACAUUUCAGUUUCUCCACCUAUCAAGUUUUAAUUCAUCAUGGAUAAUCUGUCAGCAGAAGAAAUUCAGCUGAGGGCUAACCAGGUUACUGAUGAGUCUCUGGAAAGUACAAGGAGAAUCCUGGGUUUCGCCAUUGAGUCUCAGGAUGCAGGAAUCAAGACUAUCACUACGCUGGAUGAACAAGGGGAACAACUAAAACGCGUAGAAGAAGGCAUGGACCAAAUAAACAAAGACAUGAGAGAAGCAGAGAAGACUUUAACAGAACUAAACAAGUGCUGUGGCCUUUGUGUAUGCCCCUGUAAUAGGACAAAGAACUUUGAGUCUAGUAAAACCUAUAAGGCAACAUGGGGAGACGUUGGAGACAACUCUCCUAGCAAUGUAGUAUCUAAGCAGCCAGGCCGAGUGACAAAUGGUCAGCCUCAGCAAGCAACCACAGGAGCAGCCAGUGGCGGAUACAUUAAACGUAUAACAAAUGACGCCAGGGAAGACGAAAUGGAAGAGAACCUGACUCAAGUGGGCAGUAUCCUAGGAAAUCUAAAAAACAUGGCCCUGGACAUAGGCAAUGAGAUUGAGGCUCAAAAUCGACAAAUAGAACGGAUCACAGAAAAGGCUGACACCAACAAAGAUCGUAUUGACAAUGCCAAUGCCAGGGCAAAGAAACUCAUUGACAGCUAAAGCUACUGCUGUACUUCUUUAUCAUUUAUUCACUUCCCUAGCUCCUCCUUUAAAAAUCAUUACCUUUCCAGAGUUUGAAAUUUUGGUUCCACACUCUUCUAAUUGGGAGAUGAUGUGAAAGAAGAUCUAGGAGUAACAGCCCCCCCUAUUCUUUUAUUUUCUCUUUUUCCCUUGAGGGUAGACUGUGGCUUAGUUUUUCUUCUAGUACUUUCUUUCUCAGUCUAUACUCUUAGGUUGGUUUUCAUACAUCAUAUAUAGUGUUAUUUUUCAUUCUCUCCAUUUACUUAGCAGUUCUUCUGCUUUCAAACUUUGGAAGCAUUGCCAAAGACAGCCAUGUAAAAGGCUGGGGGCAGUAGGGGCAGGCACAAGGAGGAGAGGCAAGAGAUAAGAGGUUGUUGCCUCAGUAAAACCUGCAGACCCUAAAGCCAAAAGUUGCAUAACCACAGUGAAGAUCUAGUUGGGUUUAAUUUCUGUUUAAGUUGCAGUGUUUGCCAAUUUAGGCCAAUGCUUGGUUUUGGAGCCUGUAUACACAAUAUUUUUGUUAUACAUCACAACUUUGCAACCUCUGCUUCAAAAAACAGAAUGAGUUUUCUUAAAGUGAGCUUAAUUUCUGAACUCUUGGUGGUUCAUCUAUGUACAUAGAUUCUAUGAUCCCAUUUCAUAUUGCACCAUAUAGGAACACAUGGUAUAAAUGAAUGGCUUUUUAUUUUCAUAUUAUUAAUAGUAUCAUGGUCCCAUUACAGGCCUGUUAACCUCAUAAAUUUGUCAUUAGUCUUUGAAGAAAAAAUAUGUAAAUAUGUAUAUAUAAUAUGAGAAGUUCUCUCUACAGCAGGGCUUAAAAUUUUUUGGAAAAGUUUGACAAAGUAUAUCACAUGAAUUCAGAUUUACCUCAAUGCCAAGAAUUAUGUUUAGAUAGGAAAAAAGAAACUUGUUUUGAUCUCAGGUAGAAAAUAGUUAGAUUGCUUUGAGUUUUAUGUAGCUUUAAACUUUUUUAAAAACUAGAAUUUAUUCUGUUUAACUAAAAAUGAUUUAGAAAAUUAUGUCUUUGGUUUACUUGUUGAUGAUUGCACUAUGAUUCUCUUAGCCUUUUGUAUUCAACUUCCAGAAUCACAUUUGCUUAGAUCCUGAACAGUGUUAUAAGAAUCUGAUUGGUAUUUGUCACCUUUAUUUAAAAACUAGCUUCUGCACACUUCAAAGCUAUUAAUGUCGAUUGGUUUGACCAAUAACCACUGUUUGAUCCUUACAAUUAAAUUUUGUAACUAACUAAUGGAACUGUUUUUUCAAAUAAGUGAUGUGCUUCUGUGAGUACUUUUUCGGGGGUGGAAGGCAAUAAUUUUGUCAGCUCUUAUUUGGCAAACUGAAUAGAGCAAAGAUCCAUAAA